AUUUUUGCAUGGCGUACCUCUCAUUGGUUCUCCGUAGUAAUCGGAGAACUAAAAGAAAAUUGUAAUAUUGAUAGUUAAGUGAAUUAAUUCAAUGACAGCCUUUAUUUCUUUUCUCUCCUUUUUAGUAAUCUAAAUAAAAUUAUAUUGAGGGUGGUCAUCGACUACAACAUUGAAGAGCAAGAAUGAUUCCCAAAAUUAUGAUAAUGAAGAAAGGAAACAUCUGUUGCCAAGGUUGAGAAGAAGACCACCCAAUCCAUUGUCACGUUUUUACGCGAAAAUAAAUUAGCUAGUUUAAUUUUACAUAGCUAAAGGUUAUGCUUUGAGAAAAUUCGAAAAAAAAAAUAAAAAAUGGCAAGCUUGUCAGGGCAACCAUCAAAGAAAACACGGAGUCCUGGAGGAACAAAUCCAGGAGUCUCUCAGGGUAAUAAGGGGAGCUCAAGCGGUCAAACAGUAAAAUUUGCACGAAGAACGUCUAGUGGACGAUAUGUUAGCCUGUCUAGAGAAGACCUUGAUAUGUCGGGAGAAUUGUCAGGAGACUAUAUGAAUUACACAGUACAAAUUCCACCAACGCCUGACAAUCAGCCCAUGGAUACGUCCAUUGCUGCCAAAGCAGAAGAGCAAUAUGUCUCCAAUUCGUUAUUCACAGGGGGAUUCAACAGUGUCACCCGCGCUCAUCUAAUGGAUAAGGUCAUUGAAUCCGAAGUUAAUCAUCCUCAAAUGGCUGGAUCCAAGGGAUCUUCAUGUUCCAUGCCUGCUUGUGAUGGCAAGAUCAUGAAAGAUGAAAGGGGAAAUGAUGUAAUGCCAUGUGAAUGCAGGUUCAAAAUAUGUAGAGAUUGCUACAUGGACGCACAAAAAGACACAGGUUUAUGCCCAGGUUGCAAAGAAGUAUACAAGGUCGGGGAUCUUGAUGAUGAGAUCCCAAAUUUUUCUAAUGGAGCAUUGUCUUUACCGGCACCAGGUGGUUCCAAAGGUAUGAUGAGGAGAAAUCAAAAUGGAGAGUUCGACCACAACAAAUGGCUGUUUGAGACACAAGGCACAUACGGGUAUGGAAAUGCUUAUUGGCCUGAUGAUAGGGACGGAGAUGACGGAGAUGGAGGAAUCCACAAAACCAUGCUGGAUACAUCUGCUGAUAUACCUUGGAAACCCCUCAGUAGGAAGUUGCCAAUACCACAUAGCAUCAUUAGCCCUUAUAGGUUGCUAAUUGUUAUUCGACUAGUGGUACUGUGCUUCUUCUUGGCAUGGAGAGUACGACAUCCAAACAGGGAAGCAAUGUGGUUAUGGGUGAUGUCAAUUACAUGUGAAUUAUGGUUUGCAUUUUCAUGGAUCCUGGAUCAGAUGCCCAAGGUGACGCCCAUUAAUAGGUCGACUGAUCUAGUGGUACUAAGAGAGAAAUUUGAUAUGCCAUCACCGUCCAAUCCUUCGGGUAGGUCGGAUCUACCAGGAGUUGACAUGUUUGUGUCAACGGCUGAUCCAGAAAAAGAGCCGCCCCUUGUCACAGCCAACACCAUCCUAUCCAUAUUAGCAGUUGACUAUCCCGUGGAUAAGCUUGCUUGCUAUAUUUCAGACGAUGGCGGUGCCCUUCUAACUUUUGAGGCAAUGGCAGAAGCUGCUAGCUUUGCUGAUUUGUGGGUACCAUUCUGCAGGAAACAUGCUAUUGAGCCUAGGAAUCCUGAAGCCUAUUUUCUCCUCAAGGGAGACCCUACCAAGAACAAGAAGAGAACUGAUUUCGUCAAAGAUAGACGAAGGGUAAAAAGAGAAUAUGAUGAAUUUAAGGUAAGAAUAAAUGGUCUUGCAGAUUCAAUAAGAAGGAGAUCUGAUGCAUUUAAUGCUCGAGAGGAAAUGAAGAUGUUAAAGCACAUGAAAGAGAAUGGGACUGAUCCCGCUGAGGCAAUCAAAGUGCAAAAGGCCACUUGGAUGGCUGAUGGAACUCAUUGGCCUGGAGCAUGGUCUGUCCCCAGCAGUGAUCAUGCCAAGGGUGAUCAUCCUGGGAUCCUUCAGGUAAUGUUGAAACCCCCAAGUAGUGAUCCACUAAUGGGAGGGGGUGAAGACAAGCUAUUAGAUUUUUCAGAUGUGGACAUAAGGCUUCCAAUGUUUGUAUAUGUAUCACGUGAGAAGAGACGCGGCUAUGAUCACAAUAAGAAAGCAGGUGCCAUGAAUGCCCUGGUGCGAGCUUCUGCCAUAUUGUCUAAUGGCGCGUUCAUACUCAACCUUGAUUGUGAUCACUAUAUAUACAACUGCUUAGCAGUUCGUGAAGGCAUGUGUUUCAUGAUGGACAGAGGUGGAGAAGACAUAUGUUAUAUUCAAUUCCCUCAACGAUUUGAAGGAAUCGAUCCCUCGGAUCGUUAUGCCAAUCACAAUACUGUGUUUUUUGAUGGAAAUAUGCGUGCACUUGAUGGCCUCCAGGGUCCUAUGUAUGUGGGAACGGGUUGCAUGUUUAGGCGAUUUGCACUUUACGGGUUUGAACCAGCAAAUCCUGAUAAGACACCACAAAAGGGUGCAGAGGCUCAAGCGUUGAAAGCGACAGAUUUUGAUCCUGACUUAGAUGUGAAUCUACUACCUAAGCGUUUUGGAAACUCCACUAUGUUAGCAGAGUCUAUUCCAAUUGCUGAGUUCCAAGGCCGCCCUCUUGCCGAUCACCCUGCUGUCAAGUAUGGACGACCUCCUGGUGCUCUCAGAGCCCCAAAGGAACCACUUGAUGCUACCACUGUGGCCGAAGCAGUCUCUGUCAUAUCUUGUUGGUAUGAAGACAAGACAGAGUGGGGUGAUCGAGUUGGAUGGAUUUAUGGUUCUGUGACGGAAGAUGUGGUGACAGGAUACCGGAUGCACAACCGUGGAUGGCGUUCUGUUUAUUGCAUCACCAAGAGGGACGCGUUCCGCGGAUCAGCUCCCAUAAACCUGACAGAUAGGCUUCAUCAAGUGCUCCGUUGGGCUACAGGCUCUGUUGAAAUCUUUUUCUCAGGGAACAAUGCCUUUGUUGCAUCCAGAAAACUCAAAUUCCUCCAACGCCUUGCUUACCUAAAUGUCGGCAUUUAUCCUUUCACUUCAUUUUUCCUCAUCGUCUACUGUUUUCUCCCUGCACUCUCCCUCAUAUCCGGACAAUUCAUCGUCCAAAAUGUCAAUGCUGUCUUCCUUAUAUUUCUAUUGACCAUAUCUCUAUGUCUCAUCGGCUUAGCUAUCUUGGAGGUGAAAUGGUCCGGGGUUGCUCUAGAGGAUUGGUGGAGAAAUGAACAGUUCUGGCUCAUUUCUGGUACUAGUGCACAUCUUGCUGCUGUUGUCCAAGGUCUCCUUAAAGUCAUUGCUGGAAUUGAAAUAUCUUUUACUCUCACUUCCAAAUCCGCUGGAGAGGACGUUGAUGACGCUUUUGCGGAUCUGUACAUGGUCAAGUGGACUGCAUUGAUGAUACCGCCUAUUGUCAUCGGUAUGAUUAACAUCAUCGCAAUUGUGGUUGCAUUCUGUAGAGCCGUAUUUUCCGCUGUACCCGAGUGGGGAAGGUUCAUUGGUGGAGCCUUUUUUGCUUUUUGGGUGUUGGCUCACUUAUAUCCUUUUGCUAAGGGACUUAUGGGUAGAAGAAGAAAGACACCUACAAUUGUCUUUGUCUGGUCAGGACUCAUUGCAAUAACUCUCUCCUUGCUAUGGAUAGCUCUCGGCGGCAACCAAAACGGUAUUUUGCAAAACAAUGCUGCAGCCGGCGGCGGCUUUCAGUUCCCUUAACUUAAACCACAUUAUCUAAUAUCAAAAACAUGAUAUGUUGCAUCAGGAUUUUAAUUAGAGAAGGUAGAUUUGUUAAUGUUACUUAUUACCAAUAUUCCAGUUUUUUCUUGUUUUCCAAUUUUCUAUAGAGUUGGGCAAAAAAUAAAUAAAUAAAUAGAGCUGUUCUAUCCAACGUUCGGAAAAAUUCACCUAUGGAAAUUAAACACGUGUGCUAGCUAGCCUGUGGUAAAAGAACAUUGUUAUGUUUUUACACAAUUUGCAUGUUAUGGCUUAUGCCUAUGCUGUCUUGAUUCUUUA